AUGCUGGGGCUCGUUUUUUGUGGAAGAUUUACUCGUUUUGUGAGGAACGACCGGAGUACCAUUGGUUGGAGUGUUAGGAGCUGCUUUACUACGGGUCCAGUGAAGUUUCAUAAAAAAUUAUGCCUCAGCAAGUCCAGGAAUGUGAUAUCAGCUCCUGGUGUUAGGUGUUGCAGUGGCAAUGUGAUUGACCGGGCCCAAACGAAAAAGAAUGUUCCCCAGGCGAAGUCAGUUAUCACCCCUGUUAAAAAUCCCCUGAUUGUGGAUGGAGUCACUGGGAGUAAACCAGGACAGCAGAAGAGAAACUGCUUUCAUCCUGGGGCUUCUACCCUCAGCAGGGAUGACUUGCAUUUGAAGGACAAUCCUCCAGUCACUAGUGCUGAUAUGAUCAAGGCCAUGGGGAGUUACAUCUGGCCAAAGGAAGAUCCUGACGUAAGAAAUCGAGUAAAAGUAGCUGUGGGAUUGCUCGUUGGAGCUAAACUCCUCAACGUUGCAGUUCCAUUUCUCCUCAAGCAUGCAAUUGAUAAACUGAAUGACGCAUCAAUAGCUGCUGGAGGUGAAGCUAUCCUGGGAAUGGGUUCAGCACCCGAGACAGUGACGACUGUGGUGACGUCCCUCCUCAUCGGAUAUGGAAUCGCUCGUUUGGGAGCAGCUGGGUUCAACGAGCUCAGGAAUGCCGUCUUUGCCAAAGUAGCUCAAGGGUCUAUUCGUAAAAUAGCAAAAAAUGUGUUCUUGCAUCUGCACAAUCUAGACUUGGCGUUCCAUUUAUCAAGACAGACAGGAGCAUUAUCCAAGAUGAUUGACAGAGGAAGUCGUGGAAUUAAUUUCGUUCUCUCCGCAAUGGUCUUCAACGUCGUCCCCACAAUCUUCGAGUUAGCCCUAGUCAGUACGAUAUUAGGAAUCAAUUGUGGGCCUGAAUAUGCAGGAGUGGCGUUCGGAUGUGUCGGGGUCUACGCAGCAUUCACCCUGGCUAUCACCCAGUGGAGGACCAAGUUUCGUGUCUACAUGAAUAAAGCUGAGAAUGAAGCUGGUAACAAGGCAGUUGACUCUCUUAUAAAUUACGAGACUGUUAAGUACUUCAAUAAUGAGAUGUUCGAGGCCCAGAGGUAUGACGAGUCCCUGAAAAAGUAUCAGGACGCCUCGUUGAAGACUAGCACCAGCUUGGCGCUUCUCAAUUUCGGACAGAAUGCCAUCUUCAGCGCUGCCCUGAGCCUCAUUAUGGUGAUGGCAGCAAAAAAUAUCGCCAAUGGAACGAUGACUGUUGGAGAUCUAGUGAUGGUCAAUGGAUUACUCUUUCAAUUGUCAGUUCCCCUAGGAUUCCUGGGAUCUGUUUAUCGAGAGGUUCGACAAGCUCUCAUUGACAUGCAGACAAUGUUUGCACUUUUGGCUCGUGAUCCUACAAUCAAGACUAAACCUAAUGCAACGCGAUUUUAUGUGACUCCAACUACCUCUGAAAUUAUUUUUGACCGAGUCAACUUUCAAUAUGUCGAGGGAAAGACGAUCCUGAGCGACAUGAGUCUAACCAUCCCAAGUGGCAAGAAAGUAGCAAUCGUUGGUGGCUCUGGUUCUGGUAAAACUACAAUCGUCAGGUUGUUGUAUAGAUUCUUCGAGCCGCAGGACGGCAGAAUCACCAUAAAUGGUCACAAUAUUGCAGAUAUUGAUCUCGAUGAUCUUAGGAGGACAAUCGCCAUCGUUCCACAAGAUUCUGUACUCUUCCACGAGUCAAUUUUCUAUAAUCUUCACUACGGAAACUUGAACCGAAGUAAGGAAGACGUGUACGAGGCAGCGAGAAUGGCAAAUCUCCACGAAUCCAUCCUCAAAUGGCCCAAGGGCUACGAUACACCUGUCGGAGAAAGGGGAUUGAAAUUGAGUGGAGGUGAAAAGCAACGUGUGGCGAUAGCACGUGCCAUCCUGAAGAACAGCCCCAUAUUGAUAUUUGACGAGGCGACGUCGUCGCUGGAUUCAAUUACUGAAAGUCACAUUUUGGAAGCCCUUCGACGAGCCACAGUAGGUCGCACCUCAAUUGUGAUCGCCCAUCGCCUCUCCACGGUGAUGGACGCAGACGAGAUUCUAGUCCUCGACAAUGGUAAACUUGUGGACCGAGGCACUCACCAGGAGCUCAUCAUUCGUCCACAGUCGAUCUACAACAGACUCUGGGACGCCCAGAACGCAGGAGUUCUCAAGUCCCAGGUGCAGCAGGAGAAACUACGACAGCAAGGCUCUACCUAACGACACUCGUCUUUUAGCCUCAACUGACUUGUAAUCCUUUGUAAAAAUCCGCCCUGAUAAUUAUUUAAUGUAAAUACUGAAAGCCCUGAGUUUAAUUACGCAAAUGACUGCAUGUGAUAGUAUUUUCGUAAUGUACAUAAAAGAAUAUUUGAAAAAUGAAAGUAAUUGCGGAUAAUAAACUUGAAUUAAUAUACCAGUUGUGAAGUUCAUAUCUUUAUCUGUUAAUUAAUUUGAUCAAUCAACAAUGGACAAUUGUUUAAAAUCUGCGAACUCCAUGUUUUGUUAAAUUCCAAUGUCUGUUACAAUCUUUAAUUUGAAGAAAUAAAAUUAAUUGUUUAUGAACGAUUCA